AUGGCACAGACAACUUACUCAACUGACUCAGGCCCGUUCGGUAUGACAGUAGUUGAUGUUAAUAAUGAUAGUAAACCCGAUAUUAUUGUCACAAACCUUAAAAGUAACACUAUCAGUGUUUUCCUAAACAUCGGCAACGGUAGGUUUACUGCACAAACAACUUACUCAGUUGGCACAUCGCCAAACAGUGUAAAAGUAGUCGAUGUCAAUAACGACAGUAAACCUGAUAUUAUUGUCUCAAACGUUUUUGAUAACAACGUCGGUGUUCUCCUCAACAUCGGCAACGGUACAUUUACUGCACAGACAACUUACUCUACUGGCGUAGGUCCAUACAGUGUGGUAAUAAAUGAUGUCAAUAACGACGGCAAACCAGACAUUAUUGUUCCAAACGCCGGUAGUAACAAUGUCGGUGUUCUCCUCAACAUCGGCAACGGUACAUUUACUUCACAAACAACUUACUCUACUGGCAUCCAUCCAUACAGUGUAGAAGUGAUUGAUGUCAAUAAAGACGGCCAACCAGACAUUAUUGUUCCAAAUUAUGAUAGUAACUACGUUAGUGUUUUAUUCAACAUAGGCAACGGCACAUUUAGUGAACAAACAGCUUACUUAACUGGCAGUGGUCCUUACGGUAUAGCAAUAGCCGAUGUUAAUAGCGACAGCUAUCCAGACAUUAUUGUUACAAACUCCGGUAGUGACACCGUCGGUGUUCUUCUCAACACAGGUAAUAACACGUUUACUGAACAAACAACGUACUCAACUGGAUCCCAUCCUCUAAAUGUGGCAGUGGCUGAUGUGAAUAAUGACGGCAAACCCGACAUUAUUAUCGCGAACUAUUUUAGUAAUAAUGUCGGUAUUCUUCUCAACAUAGGUAACGGUAUAUUUACUGCACAAGCAACUUAUCCAACUGGCAACAAUCCCCGAGAAGUGGUAGUGGUCGAUGUCAAUAACGACAGCAAACCCGACAUUAUAGUCACAAAUGAAUGGAGUAACAAUGUCAGCGUUUUAUUGGCUUAUUGA